AUGAUGGUCAACGAAACUGAGAGCCUCGAGGCUGGUGGAAAUGACCACUACCCAGGGCCCAGGAUUUCUGGAGGGCGACAGUUCUCUCAAUCAGAACAUCUUGGGCUACGCAAUGCCGCCCCUCCUCUGAAUCUCGACAAGGCUGUCGCCUAUCAGUUUGAAGUGGCGAAAAAUGCAACUACCCAGCAGCUGCAACAACAAGCUUUAUUUAUUGCUCUGGAUUCGAGUGCUAGCUAG